AUGCCAGCUUAUGAAAGAACAAAGGAUAUAUUAGCUGGAAGUAUUGGCCAGCAAAUUUCUCUCAGCCAGGCUCCUACAUGGAAUGAAGCUUUAAUUAGGCGCAGAGAAAAGAGAAAGAGGAGACGGAGUUCAAGGUAUUACCGGACAACAUCGCGCUGUGCGUCAACUGCGGGGUCGCAAAAUCACGCCUCCGCCGCCUCCAGGAUCCUAUGCCAGAAAUGCUUCAAUUCGGUGAAGAGUCGCGCCGCCGCCGUGGAUAGAUCCUUCAGAUCCAGUCCGCCCGCGAGGUUUUCGAUGGAGGGGAGGUUGGAUUUUCCCCCGGUGAGCGGAGAUCCGGAGAAGGAGGCGUUGGUUGAGUCUGCGGCCUAG